AUGGUAGAACAAGGUAAAAAAUUGGUAGACAAAAGAAGGGUAUCUUCUCUUCAACAAAAAAAUCAAUUACUAAAUAUGAAAUUGGGAACACCAUAUUUUAAUAAUAAUGCCACAUCAUUAUCAUUUUCCAAAAAAAACCCAAGGACUACAAAAUUAUUUUCUCCUUCAACACCAAUUACCACAAAAAAUGCAAAUGGUCUGUUACUUUCCAAUAUUAAUAAUAAUAGUAAUAACGUUCAUAAGAACAAAAAUAUUAUCAUAUCACCUAGUAAAAUACCCUCACCUAAAAAACUGACAAAUAAGUACUAUUCACCACCAAAAAAGCUACUUUCGACGAAAACCACAAGUAAUGGAGGUACUAGGGGUACUACACAACAACAUCUGAGAUAUCAGCAGCCACAUACUUCGAUCCAAUUAAAUACUUAUUUAAGGUCACCCACUGAUAUUAAAAAAGUUAUGAACAGUCCCAAUAAUAUUACUAAAAGUUCUACUUUGAACAAUGUUCCAAGUAACAAAGUGCUAAGCAUUCAAGAUUUUGAAAUAGGAAAAAAAUUAGGCAAGGGGAAAUUUGGGAAAGUUUAUUGUGCCAAACAUAUUAAAUCUGGGUUUAUUGUAGCAUUAAAAGUUAUGGAUAAGCGUGAAUUAUUAAAUUAUAAUGUCACAAAACAAUUUAGAAGAGAGGUGGAGAUUCAAUCUCAAUUAAAACACGAAAACAUUACCCAAUUAUACGGUUAUUUUUAUGAUCAGAAAAGAGUAUAUUUGAUUUUAGAAUAUUGUAGUGGUGGUGAGCUAUACAAGUUAUUGAAAAGAUCUGGCACAUUAAACGACAUUAUGGCUUCUUAUUUCAUAAACCAAAUGAUUUUGGCUUUAACAUAUAUGCAUGAUAAAAAGAUCAUGCACAGAGAUAUUAAGCCGGAAAACAUUUUAAUUAAUAUAGAUAAUAAACUUAAAUUAACCGACUUUGGUUGGAGCGUUUUGUAUAAAGAUGAUACUAAGCGGAGAACACUUUGCGGGACAGUGGAUUAUUUAUCACCAGAAUUAAUUAAAAGUCGUGAAUAUGAUGAAAAGGCUGAUAUAUGGGCCCUAGGUAUACUAACUUUUGAAUUAUUAUGUGGCGUACCACCAUUUGAAGAGGAAACGAAAGAAAUGACAUAUAAAAGGAUUGUCAAGUGCGAUUUAAGAUUUCCGCCUAAUAUUAGUUCUGAUGCCAUGGAUUUUAUCAGCAAGAUAUUAAUAUACGACCCUAAUGAAAGGAUGUCUUUAAGAACUGCAUCAAAGCAUCCAUGGAUUACUAAAAAUACACCCUUUUGGUAA